AUGAAUAGCACAUCAAAUGACCAUUUGUCAUCACUCCUCCAGUUGAGAGGCAGAAAGUAUUGUGGCCGGCUGAAAUACACGGACGCGGUGUACGAUGCCUGUAUGGAGGCUUUCGAUUGUCUUCCGUUGGCUGCUCUCAUAAAUCAACAAUUCCUUUGUGUGCAUGGAGGUCUCUCACCGGAAAUCCACUCUCUCAACGACAUUAAAAAGAUGGAUCGUUACCGGGAGCCGCCGACACACGGUCCAAUGUGUGAUAUCCUGUGGUCGGAUCCGACGGAGGACUUCGGACAGGAACGAAACAAUAGCCACUUCUCACAGAACUCUGUCCGUGGAUGCUCCUUCUUCUACUCCUACGCUGCUGUGUGCGCCUUCCUCCAGGCCAACAACCUCCUCUGUCUCAUCCGCGCCCAUGAGGCACAAGAUGCUGGGUACCGAAUGUAUCGCAAAAAUCAGCAGACCGGCUUUCCUGCCCUAAUCACAAUAUUCUCAGCUCCCAAUUACCUCGACGUUUACAAUAACAAAGCUGCUAUUCUCAAGUACGAGAACAAUGUGAUGAAUAUUCGGCAGUUCAAUUGCUCACCGCAUCCCUAUUGGCUUCCAAACUUCAUGGAUGUAUUCACCUGGUCUCUUCCCUUUGUUGGUGAAAAGGUCACUGAAAUGCUUGUCAGCGUAUUGAACAUUUGCUCCUCCGAUGAACUCUUUACAGAAGACACUGAAGAUGACAACAACGUAAACGUACGCAAGGACGUCAUCAGGGGCAAAAUACGCGCAAUUGGCAAAAUGGCCCGUGUCUUCACUCUUCUACGAGAGGAAAACGAAAGCGUACUGGAGUUGAAGGGUCUUACACCGAAUGGAAUGCUUCCAAUUGGCCUGCUUUCUGAGGGUCGUGAAAAUCUCAAACAGUCCGCACUGGCACCCCACGCUAAAAUCAGUUCGUUUGCUGAGGCCAAGGCAAUAGACAAGAUCAACGAGCGACUGCCACCAGCUCAGGCAUUAGCCAAUCCGAAGGACUGUGUGGCUGCCUUUAUCAAAGCUGCCGAGGAUUCGACCAGUGCUCCUUCCACGGUGAAGAAUGCCACCACCGCCAGCACAUCCGCCACUCCCACGUUGAAAAAGGCAACGGGUGGGAAGAAAUAG